AUGGACUACCUUUCUUCAAAGCUUUCAUUUUCUGCGCCUCUAACAAUUUUUCCCUUAACACAUCCAAGAAACCCAGUUCCUAUAACAACUUUGAGGAACCAUUUUCCGCUCAUUCUCUGUUACAAGAAAUUCAAUUUUCAAGAUUUUCAGGAAUAUGCAAAACCUUCGCGUCUUUUGCCAGCCACAGAGGUGAAUGUUUGUACAGAUGCAUCACUGGAAAAGACGGUUACUUCGUCCAAAACUGCCAGAUCAGAGUGCUUGUACAGAGUCAAGCUAAAAACAAGUAACGUCUAUGGAUCAGAUCUGAGCGAUGUCAACUCUGGAGUUCUGAUCUGUUUGAUUGAUGAAAAUGGUGACUCAAUCUUACAAAGAUUACCUACUUGCUCGAUGGACAAUCCUACAUGGUCAGUAGACAAGGUUAUCUUUGAUGUUUUGCAUUACCAGAGGGGCUCAGUAGAUGAGUUUACAUUUGAAGGACCUGAACUUGAGAAAAUUGUUGCUGUUUGGAUCAGCGUAGAAUCAGGUCAGUGGAGAAUAGGGGAUUUAAGUUUGACAGUUAUUUGUAAUCGCGAACCUCCACCAGCAGAAAAUGAUCAGAAAAUCAGAAAGCGUAAUGGGUUACAAUACAGCUUCAGGAUCGAGGAUAUCUUACUUGGGGAGGGAUGUGAAAUUUCCAUGAUGGAAUUUAAACCUCACUCGGUUACUGCAUUUUCUGAGGAUGAAUUUACCUCCUUCAACGAAAAAUCCUCGUAUGCUUCACUGUCAAACAGUAACUAUACCAUCUCUAAUGAAGAAAGCAUGAAGGAGUAUGCAGACUUGAAGUUCUCUUUGUUAUUUUAUGAUACAUUGCUUACACUUGCUGGAUCCUUAAUUGCUUCCCUUUUGGCCGGGGAAAAUGCUUCGUUCGCAUUCGUAAUGGGUGGAAUCGGUGGGUUUUUUUAUCUACUCUUUCUACAGAGGUCUGUUGAUGGACUACCAGUCCCGGAACUGGUUUCGAGGGAAAGUACAGGAAAUUUCAAUGAAGUGUUUGGAAGAUUUAAGGGUCCACUGUCAAGCCUAGCAUUGGCAUUUGCAUUAGCCAUUAUUGCAGUAAAAUAUGCUUCAGGAGAUAGUGCUGUGAAGUUAACACCGAAAGACCUUAUAUUUGGGAUGAUGGGAUUUCUUUUGUGCAAAGUGUCUGUGGUAUUAGCAGCAUUUAAACCAAUGGAAAUUGGCUCAAGAGAGAAAAAGUGA